AUGAAUACAACUGGUCACAACUGCAAUGGAAAGAUCUGGUAUUUUGUGAAUGAUGGGGUUGAUGUUGAAAUUUUGAUGGAUACCGAGCAACAAAUUACCAUUAAACUAUGCCUGCAGAAUAAUGGUAAAUCUUUCAUCAAUACCUUAGUUUAUGUAAAGUGUGAUGCUGCAGAAAGGCUACAACUAUGGGAUGAUAUAUACAAUUUGGCAAAUCACAACAACUUGCCAUGGCUAAUUGGGGGAUACUUUAAUGUUAUCAUGAAUGAGGAAGAAAAAAUAGGUGGACUUCCUGUCUAUCCAGCUGAAUAUGAGGAUUUUGCUUUUUGUGUGAAUUCAUGUGAGCUAUCAGAAGUGGAAUUCAGAGGGAGUCCGUUCACUUGGUGGAAUGGCAGAGCUGGUCAUGAUUGCAUCUUUAAGAGGUUGGACAGAAUUUUGGUCAAUCAACAAUUCCAGGAUUGGCUAGGAAACAUGAGUAUGGAGCAUUUAUCUAGAACUAGAUCUGAACAUGCACCACUACUUCUAUCAGCAAGUGAUCAAAGCCAAGAAUAUCAUAAGCAAUUCAGAUUCUUGAAGUUUUGGUUAGAACAUGAGACCUUUAUGCAAAUAGUGGAGCAACAUUGGAAAACUGAAUAUGUAGGGGAUUCUUUCAUUACUUUCAAGUUGAAGAUGAAGAAUUUGAAAACUGCUUUAUCAGCUUGGAGUAGAGAAACAUUUGGAGAUGUAUUCAAGCAACUUACAAUAAGAGAAGAUAUAGUCAAGAUUAAAGAACAACUGUUUGAAGAGGAUCCAUCUGAGGAAAAUAGAAUAGUGUUGCAAAGAGCACAAGCAGAAUUCAAAAAAUAUUUGCAUUUUGAAGAGGAAUUUUGGAAGCAAAAAUCUGGCAUUCAGAAGGAAACUGAACUGGUUGCUGCUGAGGCAAUUGCCUUUUAUAAAGAUCAAUUCACUCGAGAACAAACCUCUACAGAUUUGAGCUUAUUGGAGCAUGUACCAAGGAGGAUCUCAGAUGAACAAAAUGCUACCCGUUGUGCCAUACUAUCAUUGGAGGAGAUUAAAAAUGCAGUUUUGCACUAUCAGGAGAUAGUGCUUGUGGUCCAAAUUGAUUUUCUGGAAUUUUCUAUCAAAAGUGUUGGGAUAUAG